GGCGAAUCGCGCUCUCUCGCCCGUCCUUGGCUUCUUCUCUCCACUCGCCUGACGCCGGAAUCCGGGAGGUCGCACCGAUCGCCGCUUCCAGCUGCUGGAGUCCUUCGCAGUCUAGCGAUCGAUCAUGAUUCUUUAGAUCUUGGAGAUAUUGUGCGGGACUGCCCAUCUGCUCGGUGCACCACGAGACUGAGCUGUCUCUAUCAUGAAGCUGUAGUAGCUGGAGAUUGCUGAUACUGUGUGUCCAUGGCUCUUGAGCAUCUUCCUUCCUGCUGUGGUUCUUGAAUAAUUGAACUGGAAAGUAGGAUUUGCGGGUGGUCGGUGCGAUCUCUGUUACACCUCUUUGAUGUAUUUCUUCUCCCUUUCUUGACAGAGGUUUUCUUGCUUUUUAUGACUCUUGCAGGGUUUUCGAAUUGGAUUUCUGUGCAGGUGUAGUUUUUGACAUGACUGGUAAUACUGGGAGUCCGUGGUUGAUGAUGGUUAGAUGUUAGUCCUUGAUAGUUGGUGAUUUUUAGUUAAUGCUCUCAUGUUUGCUCUGCCAGUUCUGAUCUCUUGGAUGUUGAAAGAGUGCUUUGUAACGGUUAUUAUUAAAUAUCUUAUUUAAUAAUAACGUAACUGUUCUUAUUAAGAUUCAUAAUUCAUUAUCAUGAAUUUCUUCAUUUAUUAUGGUUUAAAUGAUUUCAGUUUCUUAUUCUUUAUGCAUGAAACCGUUAUUAUUAAAUUAAAUAUUUAAUAUCAUUAAGUUCUUCAUUAUGGUCCAAACGUUAUAAAUUUGAAUUAAUUCUUGAACGUUAUGAGUUGGUGAUGAUAAAUGUUCUUGAUGGGAGAACAUCUAUAUAUACAUGAGGAUUUUGGUCCUUUGGCUCAAUCAUCUCUUUGAAGUGAAAGGUUUUCCUACACCAUCUAAAGCGAGAGUUCUGAGCCGAGAAGAACCAAAGUUCAAGAAGAAACCUCUGCAGAAAUUCUUGGCGACAAUGGCUGGAGGUACGCUAUUUCGUUUUUGCAUUAGUUUUAUUGUGUUUCUAUUAUAAUGAUUUAGAAACAUAAGUUGGCUUCAUGAAAAUUUCUUACCUGCUUAGCUAUUUAAAUCACUGAUGGCUGUUACUGACUCGGGCAUUGUAGCUCACUGAAAGCAGUGUCUGGCAUGCAGGAGACACAAUAUCUUGACCUUCUUAUGUUUAUGCUGGUCAAAUUAUUUUAGAUGCAGAAUUUACUGACAGAUUUGUUUUGAGGUGCUAAGUCCAUAGUUGCAGCAAUUCGUGCCUUCUGCUGAGAUCAAAGUGGAUAAUUUGCCUCCCUCCCAUCAUCACCUGAAACCUCUGCAAUGUUUACUGGUCACUUUUGGAUUAGGGCUAUGCACUGAACAGACCAAGCGCAUGUAUGAUGAAUGAUCUUGAUCACAGUGUAGGCAGUCCCAUCUUCUUGCGUCAUAAUGCAACAGAUUUCCUACAGGUACGUGGGAAGGACACCCCCCACUGGAUUGGUGGGGCCCGGCCCCUGCGAUGCGUCGUUCUGCCCCCCCACCACUCGCUCGCAGCCGUCAGAUCGCCAUCCGAUGGUGCAUGCUCCCGUCGCUCGAUCCGACGAUUGGCAAUCGAUCGAGGUCCGCAGGAGGACUAGAUGUUUCUAGAAAGUUCAAAAACACCAUCCGAUAUGCAUGCCUUCCCAUUCGCCGCUCUCUCUCAACGGUCCGCAUGCCGAACUCGCCAGUCCUACCUGAUUCCUUUACCGGGGCACUGAUGGCAGAGCCCGAAAUGGGACCCAACCCCUGCUGGGCAACAAAGCUGUUCUCAGUGCGGUCCGUUGGCCCCGUAAAAGUGCACCGCCGCCUACUAAAUAACACAUAAAAUCUAAUUUGCUCUGUUUUUCAUGUGCAGAAAAAUCCGGAUUAAAUUAAGUGAAAAUUCCAAAUUAGAAAAUAGUUAAGUGUAAGAAACUUGCAAUACGGUUUUAUUACCGUAAUAAAACCUUAAGAUGAGAGAGAGAGAGAGAUUGGGUGUCCUGUUGUUAUUUCCCCUUCUCCCUUGCUUCAUUUAUAUGAAUUCGGCUAACCACUAGAACAAGGGCUUUAGACUCCUCUCUCUCUUCCUUUCGAUGAGUGAGAAUGUAAGAGGUGUUUCCGUGUGCAUCGUGUGUUUGUUGUAGUUCUUCUGCGCCGGAAGUACUACAGUAUUGUAACAGUGUGUGAGGUUGCAGCGAGUAGGGUCACCGGCCCGCAUGGCUUCGCCGCUCCUUCUCCUUCUUGCCGGCGCCGUCCUCUUGCUAACCUCCCACCCCGGCGGCGCCACCGACCUGGGCUCCGACACGGCCGCCCUCCUCGCCUUCCGCGACAGCGUUGGCCGGUUGGCGCUGCCGUCUUGGAACGCCAACUCUCCCGGUGCGCCCUGCUCGUGGCAGGGCGUCGCCUGCGAGUCCGGCCGCGUCGGCUGUCUCCGCCUCCCCGGCGCCGGCCUCAUUGGCCGUAUCCCCGCCGCUGUCGGCAAUCUCACUUCCCUCCGAACCCUCAGCCUCCGCUUCAACGCCCUCUCCGGGCCCCUGCCGCCGGAGCUCGCCAGCCUCGAUGCGCUCCGGAACCUCUACCUGCAAGGAAACCGCUUGUCCGGGGACAUCCCGGGGUUCCUCUCCUCCCUAAAGAACCUCGUCCGCCUCAACCUCGCCGGCAACCAGUUCACCGGCGGGAUUCCACUGGAGCUCAACAACCUCACCCGGCUCGGGACGCUGUUUCUUGACAACAACCAGCUCACCGGCGGGAUCCCGGACCUCGAUCUCUCCAACCUCGUCCGGUUCAACGUGUCUUACAACCAGCUCAACGGAUCGAUCCCGGCUAAGCUCCGCUCUCAGCCGGCGAGCGCAUUCCUGGCUACGGGCCUCUGCGGUGGUCCCCUCGGGCCGUGCCCGGGCGAGAUCGCGCCGUCUCCAUCGGCGGAGGAGCCGGCCGCCGAGAAUGCCGGCGGCGGGGCAGAGAAUAACAGCGAGAAGAAGAAGAACAAGAACAAGCUCUCCGGCGGGGCGAUCGCCGGGUUCGCAAUUGGUGCCGCAGCCUUCUUGCUCAUCGUGCUUGUGGUGCGGAUACUUGUCUGCCGCCGGAGAAAGAAACGGCCGGCGGGCGGCGGGAAGCAGAUCGCGAUGGUGGCGGCUGCUCAAGAGCAGAGGGAUAAGGGUUCAGGGGAAGGAGGAACAAACGGCAACGGCCCUGCGGCGACUCCAGUGGAUGCAGCGGUGAAGGCUGCGACGUCAGCUGCCGGGGAUAAGAAACUGGUGUUCUUCGGCCGGGGAGGGGCAAGGCGGUUCGACCUGGAGGAUCUGCUGCGAGCGUCGGCGGAGGUGCUGGGGAAGGGCACGUUCGGGACAACUUACAAGGCGGUGCUCGAGACUGGGAUAACGGUGGCGGUGAAGCGGCUCAAGGACGUGAAUCUGCAGGAGCAGGAGUUCAAGGAGAAGAUGGAGGCCAUCGGGGCGAUGGACCACCCCAACGUGGUGCCCCUCAUGGCAUACUACUUCAGCAAGGAUGAAAAGCUCCUCGUCUAUGAUUACGUGCCAAUGGGGAGCCUCUCCGCCCUCUUGCAUGGCAACAGAGGAUCUGGUCGAACGUCUUUCAACUGGGUAACACGAAUUGGAAUUGGACUUUCAGCAGCACGUGGCAUCGAAUAUAUUCACUCGACAGGCCCUUCAUCCUCACAUGGCAACAUCAAAUCCUCCAACAUCCUCCUCACCAAACCAUAUGAAGCCCGUGUGUCCGAUCAUGGCCUUGCCCUUCUCAUGGGUUCAGCUUCCACUACGACCCGGAUUGCAGGAUAUCGUGCCCCGGAAGUUGCUGACCCUCAAAAGGUCUCUCAGAAGGCUGAUGUUUAUAGCUUUGGUGUUCUCCUGCUUGAGCUGCUCACGGGCAAGGCCCCGGCACAGGCCCUACUCAAUGACGAAGGCAUCGACCUACCAAAAUGGGUCCAAUCGGUUGUGAGAGAGGAGUGGACAGCGGAGGUGUUUGAUGUGGAGCUGCUGAGGUACCAGAGUGUGGAAGAGGACAUGGUGCAGCUCCUGCAGCUUGCCAUGGAAUGUGUGGCACAGUACCCAGACAAACGGCCUUGUAUGGCCGAGGUGGUGAUCCGCAUCAAUGAGAUCAUAAAAUCGAGCCGAGGAUCUUCCUACCAAGACCAGCAGAGCAGCCCACAAAGCAUUGACGAUGGUGAUGACCAGGCCUCUCGCCAGUAUGACCCAGUCAAUGUACCGAACCCUCCUGGUGAUGAAUAGACCAAAACUUAGCUCUUGGGCCCUGCAUUCAGAGCAUGACUCCCAUCUCUGGAGCCAUGGUGGUUUUUCUUUUAAAUCAUUUAUUGUGAUUAAGCAAUAUGUGCACGCUGUUUGUUCCUCUUUCCUGCAUUUCCACAUCACACAUACUAUUGUCUGGGCAUAGGUUCUUCAUAUGGUACUUUACUUGUCAUUUUCUAUCCACUUUCCUUCUCUCUUGUAGGAUUUCUAGUGGCUGCUGGUGGACUGCUCCUGUAAUUAGUCUUUUUCUUGCUUGGAAUCUUCUUGUUUAUGAUA